AUGGCGCCGAAAUGGCCGCAGGUAAACAAUGACCCGGAGCACAUCAAUGAACACGCUGCAUACCUCCGCGAAGCUUGUCAUCAAUUACAGGCCCUAGGACAGGACCAAGUACCAUGGAAUACAGUGCAGCAAUAUAUCACCUCUACCAUUGCGCUCGUUGGCAAAGUGCUCCAGCAACCUGCAAUUAGUGACAUCCUCCACCACAUCCAGGAUACUACUAGAUGCACACAGAACAUUCAGAGAGAUGUUUCGAUCAUCAAAAACAUCGUAGGCCUGAGCACUGCUCCGCCGAACGCAACCAAUCCCAGCGGAGGUAGAACCACAACUGGAACCUGGGCACAAGUGGCAGCACAAGCCAGAGGCCCCCCGGUUUCACAAAGUACAUGCACUACCAAACCCCAACCCGCCGUCACAGCAUACAAAGAUCGAGCAGUAAUAGUCAGACUCAAGGACCAAGGAAUCAUCCAACGGUUCCGAACACUUUCUGCCACCAAAAUAAAACAACAAGUAGAUACCUCCAUCCAGAACCAUGCGAAGUCCAGGUCAGUCACAGUGGUGGCAGCCCAUCAACUCAAAAGCGGUGAUAUUCAGAUCUUCACCUCAUCUAGAGCAGAAGUCGCGAGGCUCAGAGAGAGCAGAGGAUGGGUUAGCGGCCUCGGAGAACACGCCGAACUUACAGUGCCAACCUACGGAGUCAUCGUUCACGGUAUCUCUACGAACUCCAUCAACACCAAAGAUCAGGAAGCAACCAUCCAACGGAUACUUGCAGAUAACCACACAGUUAUACCCAAAGCAGAGAUCUCAUCUGUAGGAUGGCUGACUUGGGAGUCUACCCUCAAACACGCAUCCUCCAUAGUGGUGGAGUUCACAGACUCUGAAAUGGCCAACGCCAUCAUCUAUGCGGGGAUGGCGUGGGACGGGCAGAUACACAUGUGUCAACUGUACGACCGCGCGUGCAGAGUAAAGCAAUGCUUCCGCUGCUACAAUUACGGCCACAUUGGCACUCAAUGCAACGCAGCCCAAGCAUGUGGCUAUUGCGCUGAGUUACAUGAGACCAGGAACUGCAAUCAGAAGGGAGCGGAAAACUUCACUCCCAGAUGUACAGUAUGCAAAGGCGCCCAUAAAGCAUGGAGCAACGCCUGCCCGGCGAGGAAGAAAGAAAUGGAGAGAGUCGAACAGGCUAAACAAACACGGAACACUUACUGGCAUGCUGUGUCGACAGACAAACCCCCCAAGAACGACAGGUCGAGAGCAAAACAACGCCCUACAAGCAACCCCACCUCUAGCGAAGUUGUCACUAUAUCAGACACCCCGAACCUAGAGCCAUCGGACCAACGAGAGCCCACCGCAGAACCCUCGCCUGCACAGGCAAGGAAUCCCCUCCCAGAACUGCCAUCCCUAGAGCAGGCAGAAGCGCAAGCGGAUGAGGAUGCACCGGCACCAGUAUUGCGGCAAGAACCUGCGGUGCAACAGCUCAUUAUCGAUCCACAACUAAUGGCAACAGAGCACGCCCCGAGGGCCAAUCCAGCAGAAGUCGCUACCCCGGAUGCAGGAUGCACGGAGGCAAUAUCGAUGGUUGAGGCACCGAUCCAGCAACCCCUAUAUCCCCCUGACACGACACUGGGAGACUGUGAUAUGGAUAACGCAGAGGAAUGGCUGGCCAACCUGGAGGACACCUUCGCAGAUAUCAGGCACGACUCCAAAGGAGCCGGAUCCAUACCGACUUCGAUGGCUAUAGACACCCGUACGGCUCAAGGACUAUACAAGGGGUGUAACUGCCCAGAACACCAGGAACUCUAUGACAACUGGCCAACACGCAACGCUGAGAUGACGAUUGCCCGCUGCAUGAAGAUAUGCGUGUACUGCGGCAAAGACUUCCUACAUACGUCGGCACUGCGCAACCACAUGAGAACCAAGAUGGAAUAUAUUCGGAGAAACCUGAAGGAACCCUGGCGAAAUCUAUUCAUCUCUAUAUCCUAUUAUCCCCUAAAACAACAUUUUCAACUAAUCUACCUCAACGACGCCGCCACAAGGGUGUGCUUCUACAUCAACAAACGGAUCAACCCUGGCACGUGGAGCGUGUCACACCUCUCCAAGGACAUCACCUCCCUUACCAUCCGCAACCCCCCCACCGGAAGGAAUAUUCACAUAUUUAAUGUCUACAACGAAGUGGGAACCGAUACGCUCUCCGCGUUGGCUGACGCCAUCGAUAGGCUGGAGUCCCACAAGGAAGUUAUGGUACUUGGAGACUUCAACCUGCACCACCCGCUCUGGUCGGUGAUACGACGGCGGGCCUCUUACGGACCAAGUGCCCGAGAUCUCCUUACAAUCGUGGAGGACUUUCAACUACAGCUCCUCACAGUACCCGGAACCACGACGCAUCGCUGGCAGGGAGGGGAGUCAACAAUCGACCUCACCUUCGCAACCGAGGACUUGACACUCCGCCUAAUCCAUUGCAAAGUGGACAGUAGCCUUGACUGUGACUCUGACCACCUCCCUAUCGCCGUGGCCAUCGACUGGAGGUGGCUACCUGCAAUUCCAAAUAGAAAACGUAUAUGGGCAAAGACGAACGUGGAGUUACUCCGCAAAACCGUCGAGAGACAUCUCCUCUUGGCCUAUGACUCCUCGGAACUUAACAACGAGGGAAGUAUCGACAACCUCGUAUCAUCUAUCAUCACUGCGAUAGACGCGGGUAUCGUUGCAUCAACCCCGUGGUCGAACCCCUCCCCACGGUCAAUCGCAGGGUUUGACCAGAGCUGCAAGGACCUAUGCACAGAAGUCCAACAACUCCGCCGGAAGUGGCAACGAUCACGACAAGAAGACGAUUACGAGGCCUACCGACAGGCAUGCAACAAGAAAGGCCGUCAUAUUCGAAAGACCCUCCGAAACACCCAUAGGCAAAGAGUCGAAGAAGCCUCCGCGACGCAAACGGGGCUCUGGAACCUGAUCAAAUGGGCCAAAAACAGGCACGACGUGACGCCGGCAUGCACGCCAGCACUAAUAAGAGCAGACGGAGAACUCGUCCACCAGCCAGAAGAAAAGGCAGAAGUGCUUCGCCAGUCCUUCUUCCCGCCACCACACCAAGCGGACCUCUCAGACCUCGAGGGAUGCGAAUACCCUCCACCCAUCAAAUGCCCAGAAAUCACCACGGCGGAGAUCGAAAGGGCGGUACGCAAGGUGUCUCUAAACAAAUCCCUAGGCGCUAAUAGUAUUAACAAUAGCAUUCUAUACUAG